GAGUUGGGCUACCAGUCUGGACGCGCGGGGGAGGGGGUGCAGUCACGUGGGUCGCGGGCGGCUCGACUUGCGGCUCUCGGUGCUGUUGGCCGCCGGCUCCCGACCCCGCCGCCCCUGCCCUUCGCCCGCGCCGCCUCCAGGUGCACUACUGUCAGGUGGCCCUGCACGCGCCAGGCUGGGGCCGCCUCUGAGCGCCCCGGGGGGGCCAUGGAUGGUGAGACGGGAGAGGAACAGGAGGGCCCGUUGCCGCGGGCAGGUGCACCUUCCGGACCCGGCCCAGCUGGCUCUCCGGCCCUCGCGGGGCGGCGGGAACCCAAGAAGUACGCAGUGACCGACGACUACCAGUUGUCCAAGAAGGUGCUGGGCCUGGGUGUGAACGGCAAGGUGCUGGAGUGCUUUCACAGGCUAACGGGGCAGAAGUGUGCCCUUAAGCUCCUGUACGACAGCCCCAAGGCCCGGCAGGAGGUGGAGCACCACUGGCAGGCCUCGGGCGGCCCCCACAUCGUGCGCAUCCUGGACGUCUACGAGAACAUGCACCACAGCAAGCGCUGCCUCCUCAUCGUCAUGGAGUGCAUGGAAGGUGGGGAGCUGUUCAGCAGGAUUCAGGAGCGGGGCGACCAGGCUUUCACUGAGAGAGAAGCUGCAGAGAUCAUGCGUGACAUUGGCACGGCCAUCCAGUUCCUGCACAGCCAUAACAUCGCCCACCGAGACGUCAAGCCUGAAAACCUGCUCUACACGUCCAAGGAGAAAGACGCGGUGCUCAAGCUCACCGACUUUGGCUUUGCCAAGGAGACCACCCAGAAUGCCCUGCAGACACCCUGCUACACUCCCUACUAUGUGGCUCCUGAGGUCCUGGGUCCAGAGAAGUAUGACAAGUCGUGUGACAUGUGGUCCCUGGGUGUCAUCAUGUACAUCCUCCUGUGCGGCUUCCCGCCCUUCUACUCCAACACUGGCCAGGCCAUCUCCCCGGGGAUGAAGAGGAGGAUCCGCCUCGGCCAGUACGGCUUCCCCAACCCCGAGUGGUCGGACGUGUCCGAGGACGCCAAGCAGCUGAUCCGCCUGCUGCUGAAGACGGACCCCACAGAGCGGCUGAGCAUCGCACAGUUCAUGAACCAUCCCUGGAUCAACCAAUCCACGGUGGUGCCACAGACGCCGCUGCACACGGCCCGAGUGCUGCAGGAGGACAAAGACCACUGGGACGACGUUAAGGAGGAGAUGACCAGCGCCCUGGCCACCAUGCGAGUGGACUACGACCAGGUGAAGAUCAAGGACCUGAAGGCCUCCAACAACCGGCUCCUCAACAAGCGGAGGAAGAAGCAGGCCGGCGGCUCCUUCGCCUCGCAGGGCUGCAACAACCAGUAGUGCCCGGGCCGCCUGCCUGGGGGACGGACUGCAGUGGACCGAGGCCCUGCCCCAGAGGGCCCAGGGCCGCUUUUUUUUUAAACAAGAGAACUAUUUUAUUGUGUUUUAAUCUGUCACUUACAACUUCAGGAUGGAGGGCUGUGACCCCAAGCCUCCUUAGAGCCCCAGUCCAGGCUCGGGCCGUAGAGGGGGCGGUGCCUGGGGCUGGGGUGCUGCCUGCGGAGUCCGCGGUGCCUGUGCCCAGGGGGGCCUGAGAGCCCCGGCUCUGCCCCGACCUGGGUGUGGCCUUGGACUUGCAGGGCACCUGCGGUUGCAGCUGGGCUUCCCUCCUUCCAUGAAGACACCCCCCUGCGGUGUGGGCUGAUGGGCCUGGCCUUGGGAAAGGCAGCGGGCCAUUGGUUGCCAUGGUGACCAGGGACAGAGUUGCUGUCUGUGAAUGCUGAGUGAGCGAGCAGGGGAGGGAGAAGGGGCAGUUGAGGGUCCUCCGCCUUUGCCUUCUGGGGAGGCCGGUCUUUCUCCCACCACUUCCCCUUCUCAGUCUCAGCCUCUUUGGCCUCCCAGAGGCCACAGGGUCAGUCUGUCUGUCUCCCUGGGUGGUCCAGCCCUAUCUUGCUGCAACCCCAUCCCACAGGACCCGCCAGCCCUUGGAGCUCCUCCUCCCCACUCCCUGGGCCCCACCCUCCGUUACUAGCCCCAACCCAAAGAGUGGCCUCAUCUCAACGGAGGGUGGGAGGUAUUUUUAAUGCUUUUCUACUUUGGAAAAUGUCACUGUGACAAAAACUGGUACAGUUUCUCUGCCUCCACCUCUCCACCUGCCACGGCAUGCCAGGCAGGAGAGCCCCUCUCCAUAACGGUUGGUUCUCCACCCUGCCCCAGUGGACUCCUGGGUGCUUCCGUGAGAGGGGAUAGCGGGG